UCUCAGCGUCUGGUUUUGUGGCGCUUGCAGCCGGAGCUGGAGCGGUCCCCGGGUCGGUGUGGCUCCUGCAUGUUUUCACAGUUCCCUGGUCCUCCUGUUUCGGAAUUUUCUGUUUGCCUGCUUGGACCAUAUGUCCCUAAUGGGAUUUUUGCAACUAUUUUGUGUCAGCGGAUGGCAGAUAGACACAAGGGAGUGAUCUUUCCUUCUUGCUUGCUGGGGCUGUGUGAUUAGAUGAUGAACCAUUGAAAGUCCCUGGAGGAAUUGCAAAGACUUUGAAAGGGGAAACAGAAAUUGUGAUUUAACAAAGGAUAUCCUGCAAGUCAUUUUAUUGAGCCAAAGCUGCCCUGGGGAACUCAACUGGAACAAUUCUAUCACUCAUCUCGAUUUUCCUUCAAGCCACUUAUAAAGCAAACAUUUAUAAGCUACAUUCAUUCUUAUUUUAAAUGCAAAAGAUUAAAUUUUACAGAAGAAUGCAAUCAAGUGAUGGCUUUUUCUUUAGAAUUUGAAUAUGGAGGCCACAGGAACAGAUGAAGUUGACAAGCUAAAAACUAAAUUUAUAUCUGCUUGGAACAACAUGAAAUAUAGUUGGGUGUUGAAAACAAAGACAUAUUUUAGUAGAAAUUCCCCUGUAUUAUUGCUUGGAAAAUGUUACCAUUUUAAAUAUGAAGAUGAAAAUAAAAUGUUACCUGCAAGAUCAGGAGUUACAAUAGAAGAUCAUGUCAUUGCGGGAAGUGUAGAAGAAUUUCGUAAGGAUUUCAUUUCUAGAAUAUGGCUGACCUACAGGGAAGAAUUUCCUCAACUAGAAGGCUCAGCUUUGACAACAGACUGUGGCUGGGGCUGUACGUUGAGAACUGGCCAGAUGCUCUUGGCUCAAGGAUUAGUACUACACUUUCUUGGUAGAGCUUGGACCUGGCCUGAUGCUUUGAAUAUUGAAAAUUCAGACUCUGAGUCAUGGACUUCCCACACUGUAAAAAAAUUUACUGCGUCAUUUGAAGCAUCGCUUUCAGGGGAAAGAGAGCUCAAAACCUCAACAAUUUCUCUGAAGGAAACGAUUGGGAAAUAUUCUGAUGAUCAUGAAAUGCGAAAUGAGAUGUAUCACAGAAAAAUCAUCUCUUGGUUUGGUGAUUCCCCAUUGGCUCUCUUUGGCUUACAUAAACUAAUAGAAUAUGGAAAGAAGUCUGGGAAAAAAGCAGGGGAUUGGUAUGGACCAGCUGUGGUUGCUCACAUUUUAAGAAAAGCAGUUGAAGAAGCGAGACAUCCUGAUUUACAAGGACUAACGAUUUAUGUUGCACAAGAUUGUACAGUUUACAAUUCUGAUGUGAUUGAUAAACAGAGUGCCUCCAUGACAUCUGAAAAUGCAGAUGACAAAGCUGUAAUCAUUCUAGUUCCUGUUAGACUUGGUGGAGAAAGAACCAACACUGACUACUUAGAGUUUGUAAAGGGUAUCUUAAGCCUUGAAUAUUGUGUGGGUAUCAUUGGUGGCAAACCUAAGCAGUCCUAUUACUUUGCUGGCUUUCAAGAUGACAGUUUGAUUUACAUGGAUCCUCAUUACUGCCAAUCUUUUGUAGAUGUCAGCACAAAGGAUUUCCCUCUUGAGACAUUCCACUGCCCUUCUCCCAAAAAGAUGUCGUUUCGAAAAAUGGAUCCUAGCUGUACAAUAGGAUUUUACUGUCGAAAUAUUCAGGACUUCGAACGAGCUUCUGAAGAAAUCUCUAAGAUGCUGACAUUUUCUUCUAAGGAGAGAUAUCCCUUAUUUACUUUUGUAAAUGGUCAUUCCAGAGACUAUGAUUUUACAUCUACUACAAACAAUGAAGAAGACCUUUUCUCAGAGGAUGAAAAGAAAAGAUUGAAAAGAUUUAGCACAGAAGAGUUUGUCUUGCUUUAAAGAUGAGCGCAUUUGUGCUUUGAAAGGGGAAAAAUGAAAAUGAGAAACAAGUAUACUUGAAACUGGUUUAUUUUCACAAAUAUCUUAACUUUAUGUGUUCUUUAACAAAAGAAUGUUUGAAAAUAUACAAGUCUAAAGAUAUUUUUCUAAAAGAGGAAUGAUUGAAUCCUACUUUCUAACCUAGCAAUCUGGCUGUCUUCCUGUUUCCCUGAACUCGGCGAACGGCACUUCUACCGUUGUCUUCAACGUCUUCCACCUGAAUCCAUUGGUCUCCUGGAGAUUUUAGAACAGGGGCAUCCCCAAAGACUGGGGUCACCAGAUAGCUCCAGAAUUCUCAUCUAUACUAAUGGCCAGAUGACCAGAAAAUGAAUCUUUAGGCUGCCUAGCCUCUUGCUGUUAAUGCACCAAAGAAUACUUUUGGAUGUGUCCUGAUAAUUUAAUAGUGUCUGUUAGCUGUGACAUGCAUACAGUGAUAUAAGCAAAGUCAUGAGUUAAGGUAAUAUUAGCAGUAUGAUUUUAUAAUGGCUCCUCAUGCUUGCUGUUGCAUCUUCUAUGAGGAGAGAAUAUGAAGUAUUGGUUUACCCCACAAAUUCGAAGGUAUGUUAUUAAUACCAACUGCAUCCAAUCAAAUCUGAAAAAGGAAAAAGAAAUAGUAGCGUUUGUUUCUAUCUCAGAAGUGAAGUUCCAUGAUAACUCAAUUUAUUAUGCAGUUUUAAAAUCUAAAGUACCAAGACACACAUCAGCAGAUGCUCCUCUGUGUACUUUUGCAAUUUGUACAAAGCAGUGUAGUGGUGUUUAGAAGCUGAGGCCAUCCGUAAGGUAAAUCUGCCUGAAGUGUAUCAUGUGUUCCUUAAAGGCAAGUUUGUGAUCUAAAAGUGCAAGAGUUGUUAUUGAGCCAGGAUUAUAAAGUAAAAACUUUAAUCAAGAUGUGAAAGGAUAAAAUGCUUUUGUUUUGGUUUUAGUGUUGGGGUUAUUUUGAUCCUUUCAUUUGAGAAAUCAGUGUCUUAAAUGAAUUCUGUUGUUUAUAAUAAAGGCAUAUAACAUUGUUGCUCUGAAAGCA